GUAGGAGGGCGUUCGUGGUGUCUGAGCUGCCAUUUCUCAGUGGAGUUCUCGCCUCACUCUUCUGUCUUUAACCUUGUUUCAUUUGUCCACCGGAAAGUGACAUCACUGGCAAGUGAUGUCAAGUGACUCCCUGAAGCUCCAAGGCAAGGCUGGUGCGCUCCAAGGCAUGAUUUCUGCUGGUCGGUCUCAAAAACAAAGCCCAAGCAACCUGCGCUGCUGCCGCUUUCAGAGAAAAAAGCAUUAAAAGAAAAGAUGAGCUUUCAGAGCAGGACAGAGAAGGGCAUCUGCAUGGAGGACUCCUGAAGCUCCAUGCUCCAGGCGUGCUUGACGGAGGACAGCAGGAAGCUCAGCCCAGCUUUCAAGUGUCACUGUGACUGACUGCAGGGAGGGAGGAGUUGCCAGCUAGUCCAGGGAGGCCGCCUGAGCACUUGCACUGACUGCCAGGAUGCAAGCCGAGGUUUAGAGAUCCAGCUCCUGUGCAGCUCUCCUUUGUGUCCACCCCGGGGAGGGGAAGUGCAAACACACCGCUUCCUCUUGGAGGGCUUUCAAGCAGCUCCAAGGGAAGCAGUUAACUUGCAGAGCACCAGGGGAUGUGGAGUGAGGGACUCUCCCUCUGACAAUGAGCAUCCAUGUUCUCAAAGUUCACCGAGCACCUGGAAGAAUAUAAGUGGCAAAGACUGGAGACCACAUGGAAGAAAGGAAUGCAGAAGGGAUUUCUCCCUGCAAUCGCUGUGACAGGAUUGUACAGUGCUGUGGAUAUGGUGACGCAGAUGGCGUGUGGAUCUGCCUUUUCCUCCCAUUUCUUCCACUUGAUAUUUGAUCUCGGUCCUUCGGGGCUGCUGGUUUCUGGUGGUAAUGGGCACUAAAUAUUCACUGGUGUUUAUCUCUUCCAUUGGGCAGCUUUGAACGAUCUCUGUGGGGAGGACACAACAGCCAUAGACAGCUUUCUGGAACAACCUGUUGGUUCCUGGUACUGGGAGGAGCCCAGUUUAGAGAUUGCUGCUUGGAAUGAGGACAGCUGAGGACAGUCAUCAGUAAAUUAUCCCCUUACUUGCCCCCCACGGCCCUGGCUUCAUGAACACAGGAGGCAAAAGGGAGGACGUUAUCCAGGUAAUUAGCUUCCGAGCAUGGACUUGGUGACAGACAAAAUAACUUCGUAAUAAUUCCCACUGUGAGUGUGCCUGAGAAGCCGUCCAGCCUUCCUCUGUACUAUGAAUUGCUGGGGUGUAAAGGCUCAGGUGGGGUCGCAUCCCACUGACUUAAUACAGGACUGAACAGUAGUGCUGCUUUGGGGGACAGACAGAUUUCCUGACUUAACCUCCCAAGGCUUCUGUCUGCUCUCAAAGAGCAGUGUGGACACAGAGCUGAUUGGCUAACUCAGACCUUUAAGGUGGCUAUCUGGAUGGCUAUACCUCCGGGGCUCUUAAUUUAAUUGUCUGCCUUUACCUUUGAAACCACGCAGGCAGAGCCGAGAGAGCAUUGUACGGGUAUCUUUGGGCCUCCUAUGAAACCGUGUGUGGGUGGAAAGAGGCUGCAAAAGUUCUAAGCCCAAUGAACGACGAUUCUGUUGCUGCUGCUCUUCGUCCCUGCGUGGCCGUUUGCUGGGCUGAGGGCGUAGGAGUGGGAGCCUCUCUCACCCACGGUACAAUGCACUUUACUUAUUAGCUGGUUUGCAUGGUGGGAGUUUUUCUGGAAAAAUUGCUGACUCCCAAUUCAUGGGAAAGACCCUCAGUGUUUGAGGCCUGGGAAGACCAUCAAACCACUCAGGGAGAAACCCAGAGAAGAGGGGCGGUUAUGGAGCAGAACCCUCUAUCUCCAGAAGGGGUGGCAGAACCCCAGAAAGCAGCCAGGAUCCAGGUAUAAGACAAGUUUGCACCAUUCAUGUUCUCUGAGGCUGUGGCCUGGUGACAAACCGUUUGAAGUGGUGCAGGUGAUGCCCUCUGGAGACAGGGAUCCUCACACCUCUCUUCUAUACACGCCUGGGCUUUCUUCCCAGUGCCUUGGGGCUCCUGUGUCUGGAACCGAGACGUUGAAGAAGAGCAGUCUGUAUUCCCUUCCCUGCAGCAGCCAUGGCGGAGCACCUGGAGCUGCUGGCGGAGAUGCCAGCCGUGGCCAGGAUGAGCACCCAGGAGCGGCUGAAGCAUGCACAGAAGCGCCGGACACAGCAGCUGAAGAAAUGGGCACAGUUUGAAAAGGAGGCCCAGAGCAAGAAGACGAGAGCAGAAAAGAGGAGGAAGAACAGCAGCAAGGAGAAGCGAGUGCUGUUUCCGGAGAGCAUCAAGCUGCUGGAGGCAGCAUCUCGCAAUGAUGUGGAGGAAGUUCGCCAGUUCCUUCAGCGUGGCAUCAGCCCCAGUUUGUACAAUGAAGAUGGCCUCACUGCAUUGCACCAGUGCUGCAUCGACGACUUCGGGGACGUGGUCGUGCUGCUGCUGGAGGCCGGGGCUGAUGUCAACGCCUGCGACAGCGAGCUCUGGACGCCGCUGCACGCCGCUGCGACCUGCGGGCACCUGCACCUGGUGGAGCUGCUGAUUAAACAUGGUGCCAAUCUCCUGGCCGUGAACACAGACGGGAACAUGCCAUACGACCUCUGCGAGGACGAUGUGACACUGGACUACAUUGAAACGGCCAUGGCAGAUCAGGGAAUAACUCAGGAGGCGAUUGAGGAGGCCCGAGCCGCCACGGAGCACAGCAUGGUGGAAGAUAUCCGAAAGCUGCUUCAGGCAGGUGCCGAUCUGAACACUCCACUUGACCACAGUGCCACUCUGCUGCACAUUGCCUCGGCAAAUGGCUACCUGGAAGCUGCCGAGCUGCUGCUGGAACACAAGGCCAGCAUGAGCGCGAAGGACAAUGAUGGGUGGGAGCCCCUCCAUGCUGCCGCCUGCUGGGGGCAGAUCCAUCUGGUGGAGCUGCUGGUGGCCCAUGGAGCUGAUCUCAAUGGGAAGUCUGUGCUGGACGAGACACCCUUGGACGUGUGCGGCGAUGAGGAGGUCCGGGCCAAGCUGCUGGAGCUGAAGCACAAGCAUGAUGCCAUCAUGAAGUCUCACGACAAGCACAAGUCGCUGCUGCAGCGACGCACCUCCAGCGCUGGCAGCCGAGGGAAGGUGGUGCGGCGGGUCAGUGUGACGGAGCGCACCAACCUGUAUCGCAAGGAGCACGAGAAAGAGGCCAUCGUCUGGCAGCAGGUGCAGCACCGGGAGAACGAGGCUGAGCUUGAGGACGAGGACAAGCAAACGGACGCUGAGCUCCAGCAGCACCUCUCCGGCGCCGAGGCAGAAGUGGCAGGUCCAGGGGUCUUGGUGGGAGAUGAGCAUCAGAAUCCGGGGCUGAGCCAGAGAAAUGGAACUGCAGGCUCUUCUGCCCCUGGCCCCCCCAAACACCUCUACUCCAAGAGGCUGGACCGCAGCGUCUCCUACCAGCUGGCCACCCAAGAGGAGCUGUCGGCCGACCUGUGCAAGGAGAAGUCCCACCACACGCUAGCAGACCUCAAACGCCAGCGGGCAGCCACCAAGCUCCAGCGACACCACCCAGAGGACUAUCCUCCCACCGAGGGUGAGGGCCCCCUCGCGCCUGGCCUCGCUGAGACCCUGCGCAGCAGCAGUCACCCCCGCCCGGACGUGGAGCAGAACUCUGUCCACUACACGGCAGCCAGCGGCGACCCACCUCUUCUGAAGCUGACGGCCCCGGCCGAGGAGACCCCCGCUGAGAAGAACCGAUGCUGUAAGCUGAUGUGAGGCGCUAGCAAGAGAAGGUGUUGGUGGGGUGUGUCCCCUCCCUUUCAUUGACCGAUGGCAGUAAUGCCCCAGGGGGCUGCCUCUGGAACGCUGCAGCAGGGUCAGUUCUGGGAGCUGGUUUAUCUUACAGGGACUCAUCCAUGUUCCAGACCCAGACACCGAUCAGUGGCCGGGCUCCAAGUGCCCCGUCGAGGGCAGCGUGGGCAGCAGGCUGGGAGCCAGAGGCCUGCCCAAAUGGGAGCAGAAUGCAAUGACCUUCAUUGUCAGUACAGAGAUGUGUCCUGGACCGUCUACGGCUCCCCGCAUGCAAUUUGCCAGCCCCUGCUUGGGUCAGCCCAUAGCACGUUGCAUGCUGGGACCUGCAGUUGCAGAGGGCUGCAUCUCUGUUGGACCUGGUGGCGUUGAAUGUUGUGUAAAAUGCUGGGCCACUUUUGGUCAGCUGGAAGGUCCCUCCCAGGGUGUCUGUCUGUCUGUCUGGGGUCUGCGUGUGGUUCCCAGGAAGGAGUGGAAAGCCUAUGGGAGCCCUCAGAGCACAGUGUAUACCACGCAUAUAGCACUGGGGGGCGAGGGGAUGUCCCCAUGCUUACCUGACACUAAGGCAAAUGGCUGCAAUGGGGUGAGAACAUUUCUCUUUACACAGAGUUUGUAGCCCAGCAGUCCCAUCCUAGGCCUGGGCUGCACACGAGCUGUCCUGGUUUAACGAACGUGCAUUUCAAACAGGAUGGAAAGCCGUGUAGGUCCCCAGGCACGCCCUUUGUGGUGGCUUACAACUGGCUUAGAUCACACUCACUGGCUUGGAUUCACUAAAGAAAGCGCUGGACUGCGCUCGGCGUGUGCUGGAACAAGGCCGUCGGCUGUAAUUCCCAUCUUUUCUUCCAGCGGCGUUAAACUGAACUCUGAAUUCAGCACGGCCAUACGCAGCCUUGCACUGAAACAGCCAAAGGUGCUGAUGGAUGGUGAGUUCACCACGUCAGUGCAAGUCUGAUGUGGGUCCGCCCCAAACAACGUGGAUAUAAGCUCAUUGUAAACCAGUAUGUGUCCACAUUGCACAGUGGGUUUGUGUGGGUUUAACUACGUUAAUCUGAACCCCUGUGCCCCCUAUGGUACACCACACCAUGGUGCCGUGUGCCCUUCCCUCCCCCCCCCAGAGGACACCUGGUGUGGGGCUGUGUGCCCUCCUUUCCCCCCCAGAGGGCACCACGCUAUGGUGCCGUGUGCCCAGCCCCUUGUGAGCUCCUGCCCUCAGCAGUAAAAUCACUUCAGCAAAGCACCUCACCCCAGGCCAAGCACAGCCUCUUGUGCUGGCCGCUCUCCCCAGGAAACACAGCCUGCGAGCGGGACGUGGGAGCUGGUUUCUGGCCCCACAGUCCUUUGACGCCUUGGCCAAGCCAUGGCGCUUCCCAGGGCUCAGCGUCUGCAUCUGCCAGAGCGGGAGCUGUGGAGGCUGAUGAAUCUGUAAUGGUCUCUAGCCGCCCCGUGCCUGGGCCCUCGGAGCAGCGCUCGAAAUGGGAGCAGUCUUGGACAGCACCUCCCGCUUCCCGUUGCUUACACGGGGCUCGAACAGGGCAUGCCGAUGGCACCCUUCUCUUCUCCCGUUCUCUGCAGAAACCCCGGCCCAUCGCGUGUCCCCUCCCUGCGCAGGUGAGACAUUUUGUUUUUGUCCUCCUGCUGCAUGAGGCUCCCAGGAGCCUUAUGAUGAACCCCGCACCCCCACCCGAGGGCAGCUCUGGUAGCGUCUCAGGCGUCCAAGGGCUACCCCAGCUUCACGCCCAUUGAGGGGUGCCCUCAGGGGCCCAGUCCCAGUGUGCCAACUCCCAGGUGAGCUCAGCAAAGCCCCUUUGGCCUGCUGCGGAGGGUGGCAUGGUGGAACCUGGAGACCUGUCCCUCUCUAUUAAUGACUGGGGGGGCUAUGGCAGACUUCUGUUGACAUAGGGCCUCAGGCUCUGCCUUCUCGGCCUGCCGUGCUGUUGCUCUGGCGCCAGGCUCUACGAUUAGAACUUCAGGAGGUGGGUGGAGUGGAAGUGGAAGAGCUUCAGCAAGAAAUGUUCUCGCCUUUCAGCCGCAAUCAGGAGCAUGCCGCUCUCUGGGAUCCAGUCGGCUGGGGGAUGGCGUCCCUCUGGGGGGUGGCUCUCCUGGCUUGCAAUAGCUUAUCCCCUAGAUGGGAUUGUCCCCGCUCGCUUAUUCCUCUCUGCCCCGUUACAUCCAGCCAUGGCUAUUCAAACCCACGUGCUAGGCCUCCCGUCCCUCCGUUCUUCACCACCUCUCACGGCCUGCAAAGCGUCAGCCAGCGCCAUCUCACCAGCCGAAGAUCAGCCCUAGCAAGGGCCCAGCUGGAUGUAAUGCUGCCCACUGGCUGGGGGAAAGCAGGAACCUCACCUUUGAAUCCUCUGGGGACCCCCCUUCAGCUCUGACCCUCCAGCUUGGAGAGAGCAUCUCUAGGCUGAACUUGUACUGACCGCGGGGCCAGUGAAAUCUUUCCUCCCACGGUGGUUCUGCUCCAAGAGCCUCCUGCCUGCCCCUGGGAGAAUACAACUGCAGGGAGCUCUGGGCCUCUGCUAGGCUCUGGGGCUUGUGCUCGCCAGCGAUGGCGGCUAGCGUAAAAUCCCCUGCAGGGACCGGACUCUGCACGGUGCGUUUGUACAGCGGCACCACACUCGUUUUGUACGAGCACUCUCCUUUGAUCACAAAGUCCAUUUCCAAGGAGUCCUGUAGCCUUGGUUCCAGCCCGGUUGAGCUGCCCGCCGGCGGGUUCGGAGGUGCUGAUUUUAUACUUUAUUUGGCACAAUCUUUCUUGAUCUCUCCAGGUUUUGAUUUGUAGCUCCUGUUGUCUCUUUAUUUCCUGUCCACAAUAAACCAGCAUUGGAGCA